GAGAUUAGGAGAUAAAAGUAACCGAGUCUUUAGAGCUUCCAGAUAACUUUAUCCCAGCAUUGCUAAAGUAGUUUGAAGUAAUAUUUACAGUAUGUAAAUUAGCGAGGUUUUCCACUGUGGUUUCUGAGGUGGCUGUAGUGUGCUGGAUUAACCCCCACCCCCCCCGCCGCCUCUGCUUUGCAGCGUUCCCGCCUCACUUCCGGUGCGAGGCCCCGAGCCGGGACUGGAAGUGGAGGCGAUGAGAUAGCGGUGGCGGCGCUGAGGGCGUGAAGUUAGCGAGUGGCCGGGAGCCACCGGGGGGGGUGGAGCGGACCGAUAUAGUGAGCUGGAACGGCGCUCCGCGGCCCAGAACCAACCGCUGUGGGAGGGGAAGGAGUGAGGGGCGGGCGGCCGGGGCGGCAGGCCGGGAGCCGGGCGAUGGCGUUGUGCGGGGCCAUGGCGGCGGCGGCCGCCCUGCCGUGCGAAGUCAUCGUGCACAUCUUCUCCUUCCUGCCCCCCUGGGACCGGUUGCGGGCCUCGUCCGUCUGCUCCAAGUGGCGCGAGUGCCUCUUCUACCCUUCGCUGUGGCCGGAGCUGCGGCUCCGCCUCCGCGGCUCGGCCGCCGAGCGCUGCCGCCUCGACUUCCUCAUGAAGAAGUGCGGCUCAUUCGUACGGGAGCUGCGUGUGGAGUUCGAGAGUGGCGGCGGGGGCCGGCCCGACCCCCUCAGGAGUUACAUGGAUGAGGUUGUAUGCGUGUUGAAAAGCGUGAGGAGCAACCGCAACCUGCAGAAACUCAGCGUGUUCGGCGACAUAUACCUGCAGGAGCCUGACGACAAACACUCGCACGAAAUCCAACAAUUGAUUGAAGAGGUAUUGGGAAAUUCCAAACAUCUGAAAUGGCUCUCCCUUGGUUUUAUGCUGGAGGUAGUAACUCCCACAACACUAGCAGCCUUGCCUCAGUCCAGUGCCAACUGCAUUGAACAUCUGAGUCUCCUGGAUACCCAUUUUAUUAAUAAAACCCCAAUUAUUGAGGCAGUUGAGUUGGAGCGCUUUCUUAACCUGCGAUCACUUGCAUUGGAUUUCUGCGAUUUUACUGCUGAAGUAACACGAGUGCUCGCCAACAGCAACCAUGUGCCUUUGCAUAGGUUGUCUCUUGUAAUACAUCAUCUCUCGAUGUCCAACAUACACGUUUUAGAUAACAUGCCACAAGAUGCAGAUUGGAAGGUGCUUACCAGGCACUGUGCAAAUCUUCAUGUUUACAUCAUGGCCUUUAAUGUCAGGAAUGACAUUUUGCUUAGAAUUCUGAAGCCAAGCAUACCUUUAGGGAGAAUUCACUUUGACAGCUCAACUAAUGGUGUUUCAGGUGCCGUGGUAGAUCUCAUAUCCAGGCAGUAUGACAAAUCCCUUACCCACUUCCUCCUAAUAAAGGAUGCAGAGCAAGGCAUUAAUGGUUUUCCAGAUCUCAGCGACAACCGCAAUGAAGACCCUUUGGUGCUUUUGGCAUGGAAGUGUACAAAGCUUUCUCACCUUUCAAUCCAUGGUUAUGCAGUUUGGGCGCAUAAUCUCAUUGCUAUAGCUCGGCUCCGUGGGCCAGAGCUGCAAGUCCUGGAGGUCACUGAGGAAAGCAUUAAUUUUGAUGAAGAUGCGAUGGCUGACCUGGAUGGAGAUCCUGUGCAGAAUCUCAUUGAAGAAGUGUCCAUAGGCUUAGGAAAGCGGUGGCAUCCAGUAAUGAAAAAUGAAACCCUUUACGUUUUCAGUGAGACCACUCGUUAUUUUUACAAAGAGAUGCAGCGCUUCAGUGAAGGCAUUUAGCA